GCUAAGGUCACAGGAUACAUGAUUUUUGACCUGCAAGUUCCUCGAGAAAAACGAAAGUGGACAGGGAUCGGAGAAGCCCUCAUGCUGUUUGUGUGUAUCUCUGAGAGGGCUGACAUCUGCCAGAAUCUGUUUUUUGAGGUAGUUUUCCCGUUGUAGUAGGCAGCUCCAGAAGAUGUUGCGGGGUCUUGUUAACCAUCCAGUAGCCUCUUUGUGCUUCAGGCUAAGCUCUUCAUAUGUCAGACAAACACGCUAUCUGUUUGAAUUAAAAGAAAAUGAUGACAUUUGUCGCCAGGCGCGGAAAUUAGGAUCAUUUUACCUCUUUCACAAUUUAUCUCCAUUGGUCAAGAAAUCAGACAAUCGCUAUUUUGUUCCAACAAUAAGCGCUCAAGAUUUACAAAUUACACUUAAUAAGCAUGGACAGGAUGGGCAAAAGAUUGAAGAUGCAGUUCUGAUCGGUUGUACAGACUCAUGCAUUGCACAGUUUGCAGUGGAUCUUGGACUGUUGGAAAAAUCUACUCUAGAAGCAGCACUAGGUGGAAAAUUUACCUACCUUCCAAAAGCGUUUAUGCAACUGAGUGGGAAAGAUGCUCCUCUAUUAGCCCAGGCACAAGCACUACUCCGCUGGCACGACACUCAUCAGUUCUGCAGCAAAACAGGUAAACCAACCGUAAAGAAUGUGUCUGGGAGCAAACGCGUUUGCAGUACGAAUGGAAUGAUUUAUUACCCACAGAUGUCUCCAGUAGUUAUCACUUUGGUGUCUUAUAAGAACCGCUGCCUGCUUGCACGCCAGGAGAGCUUCCCAGCUGGGAUGUACACUGCUCUCUCUGGCUUUUGUGACAUUGGUGAGACUCUAGAGGAUACCAUUCGAAGAGAGGUGGCGGAGGAAGUUGGGUUGGAGGUAGAGUCCCUUAGAUAUUCUGGAUCCCAGCACUGGCCAUUUCCCAAUAGCUCUCUAAUGGUGGCCUGUCAGGCAACAGUGCAGCAUGACGAGCUGAAUGUGAAUAGAUCAGAGCUGGAAGCUGCCAGGUGGUUCACUUUGGAUGAAGUGGAGGAAGCUUUACAGAGGGACAUUGUGCACACGAAGAAUGAGAAUGGCACUGUACCUAUCUGGGUGCCACCCAAGUGGGCAAUAGCCCAUCAUCUGAUCCAGGAAUGGGUAAAGGAGCAGAAAGCUCUUAAGCAUGGUAACUCGGAUAAUGCUAUAAACGGCCCCGUCAAUAGACUACAAUAUGUGCCUACUUAAUAGCUAGAUAGUAUUGUCCAGGGGACAUUCUCUGGUGCUUUUAAACCUAUUGGUUUUAACGUUGUUUAGUAUGGUUUUAAUGUUGUUAAACAGUUACAUAUAAAAAAAUUACAUAUUUUAUCUUCCUAGAUUAAUGAAGUGUUUCAUUUUGGCAAGGGCUUAAAUGUGGUGGGAAAACCAUUAAUUUAAAACAUCAGUACCUCAAGUUAAAUGUAGAUGUAAAUGUUAUCAGACCUCAGAUUAUUUAUAUGAAAGGGGGCAAUUUGUUGUCGCCUGUGUGAUGUGUUAGUUACCAUCUUUGAAAUUUUAGUAGUCUUCUGUAUAACAAAGUUUGGGUUUUGUAUCUUA